AUGGCUGAAAAGACCACGGAGACGAUCGAUCAGCGAAGUGCAGAGCAAGCAGAUCCAAUAAAUUCGUCCUCAUCUUCCGAGCUCGAUGAAACCUAUCACCUGUAUAAGCAAGAAGAUGCAGGCAAUCUUGAUCCGGACGAAGCCAAAAGGGUCCUGCAUAAGAUCGAUUGGCAUCUUAUCCCACUCAUGAUGGGCACCUAUAUGCUUCAGUAUCUAGACAAAAGCUCGAUCAAUUUCUGCAGCGUCUUCGGUCUGCAGAAAGGCACUCAUUUGCACGGCCAGCAAUAUGCUUGGCUAUCAUCCAUCUUCUAUAUAGGCUACCUGGUAGCCCAAUACCCAUUCGGACGAUUACUCCAGGUAUUUCCCACAGCACGGGUCAUCGGCGUGGCGACCUUCGCAUGGGGCAUCCUACUCCUGACCACGCCGGCAUGCAAGAACUUCGCCGGCAUAGCCGCCAACCGCUUCCUCCUCGGAGUCACGGAGGCGGUCGUUAAUCCAGGCUUCGUCCUAACCCUGUCAAUGUGGUGGAGACAAUCUGAGCAACCGCUCCGCAUAAUGCUCUACUACAGUAUGAAUGGCGUAGCCGGGAUCUUCGGAGGCCUCCUCGGAUUCGCCAUCGGACAUAUCAAUACCGGCUUGGCGCAAUGGCAGUAUGUCUUCCUCAUUUUCGGAGCCAUUUCGAUGGUCUGGGCUGUGGUUUUCACGCUGUACAUGCCGAACCUACCGUCUUCGGCUCGAUUUCUGGAUCAGAGGGAGAGGAUAGUAGCGGUGGAAAGAGUGGCGGCCAACAGACAGGGAGUCAAGAAUCAUCAUUUCAAGUGGUAUCAGUUCUGGCAGUUUGCGAGGGAUCCGAAGACCUAUAUCUUGUUCUUCAUGAGUAUUGCUGCGCAGAUACCGAAUGCUGCUUUGGGUAGCUUCACUUCCUUGAUCCUUACGGGUUUCGGCUUCACGGCCCUACAGACACAGUACAUGCAAAUACCUGGCAAUGUCGUACAGAUUGUGACGCUCCUCGCCAGUGGCUACGUUGGCUCCCGCUGGCCGAAUAUGCGAUGCAUCAUGAUGCUUACAGGCAACUUGAUUUGCGUGAUGGCUGCCGGUCUUCUCGUUGGCUUGUCUACUGACAACAAGUGGGGCCGCCUGGUGGCUAUCUGGCUUUGCUCGUCCCAGAGCGUGGGGUUCGCGAUGAGUUUGAUCAUGGUCAGCAGUAACGUUGCUGGCUACACCAAGAAGCAACUUACCAACGCAGCUGUAUUCGUCGGGUACUGCGUGGGCAACAUCAUCGGGCCUCAGACCUUUCGUCAGAAGGAGGCGCCGCUCUACCACUCUGCUUACGUGGCAAUGCUGGUCGGGUAUUCUUUCAAGACCAUCUUGGUCGCUGUACUCUAUGUCUACAUGUGGAAGACCAAUGUUAAGCGUGACCGGGAAGCCGCUGCGAUGACUGCCGACGAGAUUGCUCAGCAGGAGAAGGAGGCCAUCGAGAAAGGUAUGCAGGACCAGACUGAAUUUGACAAUCGAGGCUUCAGAUACGUGCUAUGA